CUGCCCGCGAGGCCGGGACAGCCAGGUGGGACGUCCCCGACCCCUCACUCCCGGGGAGGCCGCGGGCCGGGCUGUGGGACCCGCGGACCAGGCCGGGCGUCGCGGGCCAGCGUUCCGACCCCGGCAGAGCUCUGCCGCCGGCCGCCAGCCGCCGACCACCGCCCGACCCCGCAGCCCGACCCAGGGCCCACCGCAGCAGCCCGCGGCGGCGCCUUGCUUUCUGAACGUCUCCCGGGCCACUUCGCCUGCCCUUUCACAGGCGUCUUCCGGCCGCCUGGAGCACCCGGGUGGCCUUCCCGUCCUCCGCUUGCCGCCAGGGAACACACCGCAGUCCCGUACCCUGGGUCGGUGCUCGGCCCAGGACUCCUCCGGGAUGGAGCGCGAACUCUGUCGCAGGGCUCACGGGCUCCGCCGGACCCAAACCUGGCGCCCCCCAGGACCCCUCUGGUCGCCUCUUCGGACCGGUGUCCACUCAGGCGGGAGACCUGCAGCUCUUGGGACCCGCCCUCACCCCUGGGGUUUUGCGCUGCCCUGUUCCCUCUCACCCAGCCGCUCAGUCUGCCCUUUCAGAUGCACCUUCUUCCAGGCGGCUUUCCCGCCCCGACUGGCCGGGCCAGGUGCCGUCGGCGUCGCGCCUAUGUAGGUCAUCGUAGAUGCUGCAGUUGCUGGGUUCCUUGUGGGUCCUCAGAACACCAGCCGUGCCUGGCAGGGGCGGGGGCCGGCGGCAGAGUGCUCAGUGGUGCACCUGUAGACGAGCUGCAGGGGCCAGGGGCCUGCGUCCAGUGAGUGAAGCAGUGGGUGUGCACCGCCGGGCGCAGAGGCCCCGCUCUCAGGACUUACUCGGAGACGCUCAUAAGUGGUGCGCGGGAGGUCCCAGGUAUGCGUGGCCCAAGAAGAGACUGUCCUACCUCCCUGUCAAGCCUGGCAGACUCCGCAGCUUCCCCCUUUUGUCUUCACCUUCUGUCACUCGCCCAGUCGUCUGCAGGUGCAGCAGAUAGCUGUCCUGCCCUCUGAUUGCCCUGGGGGCGUUGGCUAAACCGUAAAUACAACUUCUGGUGAGUGCUGUGGAGGCAGACCUGGACCGGCAGAGCGCGGGGCACCUUGAUCUGCUUCGGGAGGCCUCUCCAAGGGUGCUGGAAGGGGGAUCCAAAGGGUGGAAUGGACAAGGGGCAAGGGCCAUCUAUUGAGAUUGGGGGAAGGGGUUCCUGGCAGGGCAACUGCACGGACUCUGGCUUGUCUGGGGAGAGCCCGGGGAGUGGGGAACACAGUGAGGGAGGAUGCAGGGGUCAGCCUGUGGCCAGCUGUGCCAGAGAUUGGAUUUCUAUCCUGAAAGUAGGGGGAGGUCAGGGGCCUCCAGAGAAGUGGUGUGCUUGGGUGUGUGCUGGGAGAGCGCUGGGGCUGCUGGGGAGAGCGGUGUGAGGGUGGGGAACAAGCAGCCGGCCGGACAGCGCAGCAGCCCGCAUGAGAGGUGGCGGCAUGUGGACCAGGUGUUGGUUGGAGGAAGACCCAUCAGACCCCAGUGGAGGGAGGAGUCAAGAAUGACACCCGUGUUUCUGGCGUGGGCAGCGGGUGAAUGAAGGUGUGCCCCUUCAUUUCCUUAGUGGCCGGCGGGCUCCUGCCUGCCCACCUGGCUCUCAGCCAGGCCUUCCUCUCGACACCGAUCUUCACAGCCGUGCGAGGUCCAGCUCAGCUCUUCCUCCCCGCCCAGCGCAGCGGCCGUGUUUGGGUCUGGAUCUCCGAGAAUAUAUCGAAGCAGACGGCUUGAUGGACUGGCUGACAUUUGGGGGCAGAUCAUUCCUUUUUGGGCAAAGGGAGGGCAUCCUGUGCUCUGUCGCGUGUCUGUCAGCAUCCCUGGCCUCCCCCAUUCAGUGCCCGGAGCACCCUUCCCACGUUGUCACAACCCAGAAUGUUUCUCCCUGUUGGCUAGUGUCCUGGGGCAAACUCUCCUCAUCUGGGAGCGAGAACCACAGAGCCCUGCUUCUGAAACGCACUCGCACGUGCGGGGUGCGGCCUGCCCGGGAGUUCUGCCAGUUCAGGGCCGCAGUGGCUUUCCCGGCUCCCGCCCACUGCUCCCGUGUGCCGCGAAUCUGGGCAGUCUUCAGCCCGUGGUGGCAGGUCACACAGGUCUGUGGGGAGCAGGUGUGUCUGAGGGCCGGGGCCUGCUCUGAGUCUGUGUGUCCCAAGUGCCAGCGCCCCAGAACGGCACGCUCCGGGGUGCUCUGCCACUACGGCGGCCUCAUGAGUGCCUCUCUCUCCGUCCCAGUCUGGAGGGAAAGGCCUACUGGGCGGUGAGGUCUUCCUCGAGCCUCUGGGUUUCUUCCCGUGCCUGCAUUGGCGGCUCCGUGUGGGACUGUCUGCUCACGCGGCGAAGCUGAAGUCUGUACCUCGCGUGGCGGGUGUCUCUGCUCCCCCCACCCCCGGUCUGCUACCUAGUUCUCUCCUUUACUCCCCCUGGGAGCUGAGAGGCAUGUUUGCUGGUCAGCAAGGGCACAGAGGCUCGGGGGGGUGGGGUGGGGUGGGGAGAGAGCCUUGCCUGAGGCCACAUAGCCCUAUGCUGCCAGAGCUGGGCUGGUAGUGCCGGAGCUGGACUCCUUCAGGCCCCAGGGCCCCUCCCCCCAGCCUGGCCCCGGCACGGGGAGAGCCAUUGUCCCAGCUCAGCCUUUGGGUGUAUCCUGCUUUUGUUACCAGAGCCUUUGUUUGUUGUAUGUCCCUUGCCUCUGGACAGUGCAGGCCUGCCCCGGGGCCUGGCCCUCUGGAGCCCACUCCCAGGGUGCUCCAGGCUGCAGGCUGUCCUCACCUUGGCCGCCUUGUGUCACCAGGGGGUGGCAUAGGAGUCCUUGAGAGCACAGAGGUGGGCUAGGGGGAGAGUCUGGGCUGGCUGUGGGGAUAGAGGCGUAGGGAGGGUGACAGCGUAUGUGUGGACCCAGAGCAGGGGCUGUGUGGGGACAGCUGGGGUAAGCCAGGGCUCUCAUGGCCCAGCACCGCCUGCGGGCCGACCCUGGGCUGACAGGUGGGGGCUCACAUGGCGAGUGCUGGCGGCUGGACGCUGAGGAAGGUUGUAGCCGGCGCUGGUCUCGUCAGCUUUGGGUCCCACCAAGCCCCCCUGGGAGGUACCUGGUCCCUGUGGAGGACGAGCUGGGCCCCCAGGCCCCUGGGGUGGAGGUUGGAGCAGUUUGGGCAGAAUAGGGUGGACUGGACUGGGAGGAAGCCAAGAGGCUUGGUAUGGAUAAGACUGGGUCACGCGCCUCCCGGCGCAACCCCGAGGGAACCCCAUUUCUCACUUCUCCCUUGCAGGGUUUCCCUCUGCACGACAUGGAGAUGCAAGUCUGCGAGGCUCCCAGGGGCUCGGCUUGGACCACGAUGGGGCUGGGCUGCGGCCUCCUAAGGGGGCUCUCAUCUGGGGCGGUGGCUGGGGGUUGCCCUCCCCCCUGCCCGCGUCUCAGAGCACCCCCACCCCUCCCCUGCCACGCGAGGCCCACCCUGGGGCCCGGCGCCCACCAUGAACGGCCUGUCAGUGAGCGAGCUCUGCUGCCUCUUCUGCUGCCCGCCCUGCCCUGGCCGCAUCGCCGCCAAGCUGGCCUUCCUGCCGCCAGAGCCCACCUACUCGCUGGCGCCCGAGCCCGAGCCAGGGCCUGCUGGAGCAGGGGCCGCCCCUUCGGGGACCCUGCGGGCCUCUGCCGGCACCCCUGGGCGCUGGAAGCUCCACCUGAUGGAGCGUGCUGAUUUCCAGUACGGACAGCGCGAGCUGGACACCAUUGAGGUCUUCCUGACCAAGAGCAGCCGGGGCAGCCGCAUCUCCUGCAUGUACGUGCGCUGCGUGCCCGGUGCCAGGUACACGGUUCUCUUCUCGCACGGCAACGCGGUGGACCUGGGCCAGAUGAGCAGCUUCUACAUCGGCCUGGGCACGCGCAUCAGCUGCAACGUGUUCUCCUACGACUACUCGGGCUACGGCGCCAGCUCGGGCAAGCCCUCCGAGAAGAACCUGUACGCAGACAUCGAUGCCGCCUGGCAGGCGCUGCGCACGCGGUACGGCAUCAGCCCGGACAGCAUCGUCCUGUAUGGGCAGAGCAUCGGCACGGUGCCCACCGUGGACCUGGCCUCCCGCUACGAGUGCGCUGCCGUGGUGCUGCACUCGCCGCUCACCUCGGGCAUGCGCGUUGCCUUCCCUGACACCAAGAAGACCUACUGCUUCGAUGCGUUCCCCAACAUCGAGAAGGUGUCCAAGAUCACGUCACCGGUGCUCAUCAUCCACGGCACAGAGGACGAAGUAAUCGACUUCUCCCAUGGGCUGGCGCUCUAUGAGCGCUGCCCCAAGGCCGUGGAGCCGCUGUGGGUGGAGGGCGCUGGGCACAACGACAUCGAGCUCUACAGCCAGUACUUGGAGCGCCUGCGCCGCUUCAUCUCCCAGGAGCUACCCAGCCAGCGCGUGUAGCCGGGCCCUGAGCGGAGCCGGGACUUCAGCAAUAAGGCGGCGCCUGGACCUCGCCCCCGCCCUGGCCCGGGGGCUGCAUGUGAAUCCCCCCUUCCCCCGGGCACCCCAGUCCUCCGAGACAGCUGGGGGUCGGGCGUUGGGGGCCGGGCCGGGACCUGCCCCAGCCCAGGGGCCGUGGACGAUGUACAGGCGCGGAGCUACGCUCUCCUUUCCUUUUGGAAGCAAAAAGAAGGAAAAACGUGAAAACAAAUUAAAGAUUUAAAAUUUU